GGUUUCUUCCUGAAAACGUUGCGCUUGAAAAUCGAAGCAAAAAAAGGGAAAAGAAAAAAAAUUAAAAAAAAAAUUCAAAAACGAGAAGAAGAAAAAUCGUUGAAGGUGAAAAUGGGAGCGGUGAAGAACAUCUGGAACGAGAGGGAAGUAGCUGAAGCUCCAGAUUGCUCUCAGAUCCAAAUCCCCACUUCUUCUCUCUCCGUCGACCCUUCCCUCCCUCUCCCCCAAAUCACGCCGCUCAUAACAGAGUUGUGCAAGGAUCUUUUUGAGAAAUGGUCAAAUUUGGACGAUUCUCGCUUCUCGGUCGAGACGGUUUCCGGCGGCAUCACGAAUCUGUUACUGAAGGCUACUGCGAAGGAGGAAGGUGGAAAUGACGUGUCUGUAACAGUCAGAUUGUAUGGCCCUAACACCGAUUACGUUAUCAAUCGCGAAAGAGAAUUGCAGGCGAUCAAGUACCUCUCGGCCGCAGGGUUUGGUGCAAAUUUGCUUGCAGUUUUUGGAAAUGGAAUGGUGCAGUCGUUUAUAAAUGCACGUACACUUGUCCCAUUAGACAUGAGAAAUCCAAAGCUGGCCGCCGAAAUUGCGAGGGAACUACGCAGAUUCCAUCAGGUGGAAAUUCCAGGUUCUAAGGAACCUCAGCUGUGGAUUGACAUGUUCAAGUUCUACGAGAAAGCCUCUUCUCUUGAAUUUGAUGACAGCGAGAAGCAGAAAAUCUACAAAACUAUUUCAUUUAGUGAAGUUUACAAUGAAAUCGUUGAGCUCAAGGAAUUGACUAGCCAUUUUAAUGCUCCGGUGGUUUUUUCUCACAAUGACUUGCUUUCUGGAAAUAUAAUGGCUAAUGAUGAGAUUGUAUGAGUUCUUUUGGACAAGAAACAUAAGGAUGGAUUGGGCUGAGUUUUCAAGAAAAAUUGUUUCCCUAUCCGAUCGGUAGUCUUUCUAUUACCUUUUUUUUUUACCUUGUUGCAUUUCAUCAACCACUAGUUGCAAUAUAGUUGCAUAUAGUUGCAUCUCCUUAAAAAAAAAAUUAAAAAAAAUGCAACAUAUAGUUGCAUCAACAACUGGUUGCAAUACAUUUUCAACACCUGGUGCUUCAACUCCUAGUUGCAAUACACAAUAUCAACACUUAGUUGCAUCAACUCCUAUCUGCAAUACAUAGUUUCAUACAUUUUCAACACCUGGUUGCAAUACAUUUUCAACACCUGGUGCUUCAACUCCUAGUUGCAAUACACAAUAUCAACACUUAGUUGCAUCAACUCCUAUCUGCAAUACAUAGUUUCAUACAUUUUCAACACCUGGUUGCAAUACAUUUUCAACACCUGGUGCUUCAACUCCUAGUUGCAAUACACAAUAUCAACACCUAGUUGCAUCAACACCUAUUAGCAAUACAUAGUUUCAUACAUUUUCAACACCUGGUUGCAAUACAUUUUCAACACCUGGUUGCAUCAACUCCUAGUAUUCGACACCUGGUUCCAUCAACUCCUAGUUGCAAUAUCAACACCUAGUUGCAUCUCAAUACAUAAUUUCAUACAUUUUCAACACCUGGUUGCAUCAACUCCUAUUUGCAAUAGUUUCAACACCUAGCUAGGUAUGGAACAUUUUAAUCUCUCUCUCUCUCUCUCUCUCUCUCUCUCUCUCUAUCUGGUCAUUGACAACGGUGCUCAGGUCACUGAAAUUUGGUAACAGGUACUAUCCCUAAUUACUGUUUUGAUAAUUACAUCUAUAGCUUUGUUUUAGUUUUUUGUCCACCUCAGUUUCCAAAUAUUGUCUUCGUCUUGUGUGGUUUUCUAAGAAACUUAGAAGUCAUCAUAUGAUUUAUGCAUUCAGAAUUGCCAAGGCUUCUCUCGUUGCAUCAGAACAUGAGAUAAGUACUUCCACAAUUUCAAAUUCCAUGCUUUGGUUUCUAAAGUGGUUGCCAUGUGUUUUACUCAAAUGGCGGCCUGUACUGUAACAUGUCUGUAGAACUGAAGCAAUGUGUUUUGAAUUUGUUUCUAGGGCUUAGCUUAUGUUCUAGCAAUGUGUUCUACUCAAUUUGUUUCUAGGGCUUAACUUAGCUUAUGUUCUCGCAAAGAAUGGUUCAUCUCUGCUUCUCUUGAUAGAUUUAUUCUGCUUUGGGAUCAGCUUCUGCAAUUAAGAUACAGUAUCAGUUCUUGUUUUGAUGACUGCAUCUAAACCUUUGUUUUAGUUUUUUGUGCACUUCAGUUUCCAAAUAUUGUCUUUGUCUUGUGUGGUUUACUAAGAAAUUUAGAAGUCAUCAUAUGAUUUAUGCAUUCAGAAUUGCCUAGGCUACUCGAGUUGCAUCAGAAUAUGAGAUAAGUACUUUCACUAUUUCAAAGGCCAUGCUCUGGUUUCUAAAGUGAUUACCUUGUGUUUUACUCAAAUGGCAGCCUGUGCUGAACAUGUCUGUAGAACUGAAGCAAUGUGUUUUGAAUUUGUUUGUAGGGCUGUCUAACUUUGUUUAUGUUCUCACAGAGAGUGGUUCAUCUCUGCUUCUCUUGAUAGAUCUGUUCUGCUUUGGGAUCAGAUGGGUAAGAAGUGCCAGUGUCUUUGCAUGUCUGUACAAAGACGGCUUGCUACAGCUAAUAAAGGUCAUGAAUACACGUGGAUUUAGAAGGUUGGGAGCUUUAUUGUUGCAUCUGGUAUGACACAGUUAGCAUGGCUGAUAUUGUUAUAUAAAUAUUGUUUUCGGGUCCUAAUAUCUGUUGUGCGUAUUUUAGUGUGAAGAGAAUCUAUGCACGGUUUAGGGGGAGAGGCUGAUGCUAGAAUGGGAGCAUGUUCUUAAAUACACAAACAAUACAAGGUGCAUUCUACAAGUGAGCUGAGAGAAACUGAAGGCAUGAGCCUGCCUGCAUCUCCUCAUCAUUGUGUCCAUUGGUUCAUUCAAGCUGGUCUAUAUAUCAAAUGAAGCACUGAGAAAUAUGCUUUUAGCGCGUGUCCUCACUUAGCUUCAUAUCAGAGUUCUCCAUGUGCAAAGAAUAAGACUGAUUCCAAUAACACAAUUAUAUUUGUUGGAAAUCUGGAUGCUAACAUUACUGAUGAUCCAGUAUGGUGAGCUAGUAAGUGAUGUGGGUUUGUUCAGUUCACAGACAGGAGCCCUGCUGCAGAGGGCUUUGCAAGGAUUAAACAAUUCUCAGCUUGGGGAACAAAAUAUCCAACUUUCUUGGGGUUGCAGUCCUUCAAACAAGCAGCAACAGGCUCAGGCAGAUCCAAACCAAUGGAAUGCUGGCUAUUAUGGAUAUUAGCUCCGACUCAGCUUCCUAUUGUUUUUCUUUGUCCCAGUAAAUAAAUCCUUACCUGCACAUGUAUUGAACUCUGUGAGGUUGUAUGUGAUAUGCUAUAAUGCAAUUUCUAAGUGAAUUUUUUUCUUUGA